AUGACCAAUGUCGACUAUGCUCUCUUCAUCACUGGCAAUCCCGGAUCUGGCAAAAGCUUCAUCGCCAACAAUCUUGGGGCGAAUUUUCGGACUGGCUUCUCAAUGCAUGGCGGUGGUGUGACGACCGAAGUCCAGAGCGCGGAGGUUACCAUUGAAUCACAGCGUGUCCUUUUAGUCGAUGCGCCAGGCUUGAUCGAAGCUGAUUACCAGGCGACUCAACGUAAUGCAGGAAUGAUCACUGAUGCUCUUGGUAUCAGUCGACACACCCCUUGCAAGAUUGGUGUCAUUGUCACUGACCACAAUGGUCGGAUCCAACAAGCUGACCUGCUCCUGAUUAAGAAGGUCCAUGAGGCAUUGACACCCGCAUUUGAAUUUCUACUCAUUGUGAACCAGAUCAGACGACGGAACAUCACCAACUAUGCGACCCGAGAGUGCUUAACAGCUUUAGUCCAAACUAUCCAGAGCCGCACAGGAGCCGACGUGAGAAUCGAUCGAGUGAUCGCAAUAGCCGAUUUUGAACCAGAGCAGCGCCCAGAUAUGGCUCCUCUUAUCCGAAUGUUGGGCUCUAUAAACCAGCAAUCUGCUGAGGACGUCAAGCCAAUUGUGAUUUCAACUGAAGAGCAUCAGUCACUUGGAGAGAAGAUACUGUUUUACGUUUAUCGCACGCUCAAGAUUAUUGCGAGCCUUGCGGGCCCAAUGCUAAUGAUUGGCCAAAUGAUCAUGUAG